AAGUUGCACACAUGCUGAGCCGGCAGCUAGAAGCAGAAUGGGAAAGGGCCGUUCACACGGAGCUGUUUAUUUUCCAGCCUGAGUUCUUCCAGACAAUUGGCGAGCUGUAUUGAAUACAUCUCUGUAUCAGUUACAGCAGCAGCCAGGAUAAAUAAUGCGCCUUUGCUGGAGUUGCCAUCGGGACUGCCGGCUCAGGCCCCUCAGGCCAGCUCACAACUGGGUUGAGAGAGAUGUCAGCCCCAGGAAGGAGCUUAAAUGCCUUGGGGAUUGAUGCCUUGGACAUUUUCUCCGGAAAGGGUGCAGGGCCUGGGAUAGGGGAUUGGAAAGGACUCCCGUUAGGUUAAAGCCUGGGUACGAAUGGAUAUGGGCAGUAUGCUGUGGGCCCUCAGGCGCUCACUAGAAUAAGCUAAUGACACUCCUCCUUUGGCCUGAGCAGCUCAGAGUCAGGAAGUCAGCUGUCUUUGCAGAAUCUGGAGCAAACUUCCCUUUGUUGCACACACACCCAGAGGGGAGAACAGCUGAAGCCUGCUGUUCAGAAACCACAGGGCUCUCAGGAAAGAGCACCAUUCUUCCUGAGAACAUAGCAACACCCAGAGAGCGGAUCCGCCCUCCUCUUGAAGACAGUUCCAGGGGAGGGCCAGUAGGACUCCCUCACAGCCCUCCCCAGCCUUGCAGGUCUCUCCUUGACACAUGGUUUUGUCUGGCCAUGGCAGUGGCUUUUGGCAGCUGGAGGAAAGCAAAAGUCAAUGUGGAGAGCAAGUGACAUUUAGAAGCUGGAACCUGUUAGUCAGAGCAGGUGGCGCUUUCUGCUGCGUUGGUGGCUAAGUUCCCUCGAGCUAGUCGCCAUGGUUUUCCUCACUUCUGAAACUUGGGGCUGGAAAAUCCAGCAGCUCUCAGAGGGCUCCAUGUUUGGCCACGGCCUGAAGCACCUGUUUCACAGCCGCCGCAGGUCACGGGAGAGGGAGCACCAGGCGUCUCAGGAGGCCCAGCAACAGCAGCAACAUCAGGGCCUAUCGGAUCAGGACUCCCCAGAUGAGAAGGAGCGCUCCCCGGAGAUGCACCGCGUCUCCUAUGCUGUGUCCCUGCACGACCUGCCCGCGCGACCUACUGCUUUCAACCGGGUGUUACAGCAAAUCCGUUCCAGGCCCUCCAUCAAGCGGGGCGCCAGCCUGCACAGCAGUGGCGGGAGCGGUGGCCGCCGUGCCAAGAGCAGCUCCCUGGAGCCGCAGCGUGGCAGCCCUCACCUGCUUCGUAAGGCCCCCCAGGACAGCAGCCUGACCGCCAUCCUGCACCAGCACCAGGGCCGACCCCGGUCCUCCUCUACCACCGAUACCGCCUUGCUCCUGGCUGACGGCAGCAAUGCGUACCUCCUGGCUGAGGAGGCAGAGAGCACUGGGGACAAGGGUGACAAGGGAGAUCUUGUGGCCCUGAGCCUCCCCUCUGGCCCUGGCCAUGGUGACACUGAUGGACCCAUCAGCCUGGAUGUGCCAGAUGGAGCGCCAGACCCCCAGCGGACUAAGGCUGCCAUUGACCACCUGCACCAAAAGAUCCUGAAGAUCACUGAGCAGAUCAAGAUCGAGCAGGAGGCGCGGGAUGAUAACGUGGCUGAGUACCUGAAGCUGGCCAACAAUGCGGACAAGCAGCAGGUGUCGCGCAUCAAGCAGGUGUUUGAAAAGAAGAACCAGAAGUCAGCCCAGACCAUCGCCCAGCUGCACAAGAAACUGGAGCAGUACCGUCGGCGCCUGAAGGAGAUCGAGCAGAAUGGGCCCUCGAGGCAGCCCAAGGAUGUGCUACGUGAUAUGCAGCAAGGGCUGAAGGAUGUAGGCGCCAACAUGCGUGCCGGCAUCAGUGGCUUCGGGGGUGGCGUGGUGGAGGGCGUCAAGGGCAGUCUCUCUGGCCUCUCGCAAGCCACCCACACUGCAGUGGUGUCCAAGCCCCGGGAGUUCGCCAGCCUCAUUCGCAACAAGUUCGGCAGUGCGGACAACAUCGCCCACCUCAAGGACCCUAUGGAAGAUGGACCCCCUGAAGAGGCAGCCCGGGCGCUGAGUGGCAGUGCCACAUUGGUUUCCAGCCCCAAGUACGGCAGUGACGAUGAAUGCUCGAGUGCCAGUGCCAGCUCAGCUGGAGCAGGCAGCAACUCCGGGGCUGGGCCAGCAGGCGCACUGGGGAGCCCUAGAUCCAACACUCUUUAUGGUGCCCCUGGAAAUCUGGACACUCUGCUGGAGGAGCUUAGGGAGAUAAAGGAUGGCCAGUCACACCUGGAGGACUCCAUGGAGGACUUGAAGACUCAGCUGCAGAGGGACUACACUUACAUGACCCAGUGCCUGCAAGAAGAGCGCUACAGGUAUGAGAGGCUGGAGGAGCAGCUGAACGACCUGACUGAGCUUCACCAGAAUGAGAUGACCAACCUAAAGCAGGAGCUUGCCAGCAUGGAGGAGAAGGUGGCCUACCAGUCCUACGAGAGGGCCCGGGAUAUUCAGGAGGCCGUGGAGUCUUGCCUGACCCGUGUCACCAAGCUGGAGCUGCAGCAGCAGCAGCAGCAGGUGGUGCAGUUAGAAGGUGUAGAGAACGCCAACGCGCGCGCUCUGCUGGGCAAGUUCAUCAACGUGAUCCUGGCACUCAUGGCAGUGCUGCUGGUGUUUGUGUCCACCAUUGCCAACUUCAUCACGCCCCUCAUGAAGACGCGCCUCCGUAUCACCAGCACCGCCCUCCUGCUCCUCGUCCUCUUCCUACUCUGGAAGCACUGGGACUCGCUCACCUACCUCCUGGAGCAUGUGCUGCUGCCCAGCUGAGCGGCUGCUGUCCACCCUGUGCUCUCUGGAUUCCACUGGCCACACGCAUCUCCAGGAGGGCCCAGGCCUCCUGAGUCCCUCGGGGUCUGUCAUGUGACCUCUUUGGCCCCUAACUGUCCCUUCUCUGCACUGCUUCUGUCUGGCACCAUCUCCCUUUCAGCCUGAAGGUUGCAGAGAGGGUGCUCUGGGCUGGAGGGAGCAGGGACACUCACAGCCAAAUGGAGCAGCCGGGAGACACCGGGGCUGAAUUAUUUGAAUUAUUUGCAGUCACAUGGGACUUUUCUGGGCUGACCGGAGGAUGCUCUAGUCAUGAAAGCCACUAAGAUAGAAGGCCAGUCUCGAUUUCCCUAGGGAAGAGCCCAUCCUAGAGGCAGCCCAGUUUCCUCCCAUGGCAACAGUCUGGAUAUAAGCCAGUGGGCGGCAGUGUUGAGCCCAAAGGGUGCAGAAAGGGGAGGGUCCCCAGGCUUGGGGCCAGACAGCAGGCUUGGCACAGCCACUGGGAGCUCAGCCUCCCCUCCCCCUGCUUCUCUUCCCACUUGAACUGGUUUGGGACUGGUUUCUGGAGGCUGGGUGGGGUGUGGCUUUGGGUUUGUGUUUUCUCUGCUCAUCUUUCUGCCUGUCACUGGGUGUGCUGUUUUUCUGAAAAAAACAGGCCCCAAGGGGCCCUGAGCCUCCAGCCCAAACCCUUAGACCUCUGGGAUCACAUUGAGUUCUAUUUAUUUAUUUAUUUAUUUACUUAUUUAUUUAUUUGUUCCUAUCCUUUCCACGCUUCUGCCCGGCUGGGCUCCAGGGAGAGGACCCUACCCGUCCUCCCUCUGAAGCCCGGGCUUAUUCUUGGUUCAUCACACCCCAGACCACGUCUCCGGUGUUCCUGGCUGGAAGAAGGGGCGUGUGGCCAUGCAGCCCGCUCUCCCAAGCCACCCCAGCAGAAGGGUUGGAGGGGGCAUGGCCUCUUUUAUAUAUAUCUAUUUAUUUUACGUGUGUGUCUUUGUGAGGAAGAGGAUGUUUGUCAUUUCCUUACGCUCUGGAGUGUGUGUUCCAAUUCUGCACAGCCCAGCCUCCCCAGGAGCCCUUCCAAGCACAGUGGGGAUUUCUCAGAAUAGGGGAGAGGAACCCAUGAAGCAGGAGAAGCAGUGCCUGCCAGCCAUGGUGGACCUUCCUAAGAAAUAAAUAUCCUCUAUGUUUUCAAACCA